AUGACCGCGGCAGUCGCAGACAAAGCAACCCCCUUACCAGGAGGCAUCUACUGCCCAGUGCUUUCAAUCUACAAACCAACCCCCCGACAAGAAAUAGACCUGGACGCCUCAUACAAAUACUUCUCCUACCUCAUCCGCGGGGGAAUGGACGGCCUCGUCCUGGCCGGCACCACCGCCGAAGCCGUCCUGCUCUCCCCUACUGAACGCCAGGACCUAGUCCGCGUCGCCAGAAAGGCAGCGCUCGACCUAGGACUAAGCAAUUACCCGCUGGUGGCUGGAAUCAGCGGUCAAUCCACCAACGAGUCCAUCCGUCUCGCCGAGGAAGCCCAGCAGGCGGGUGCAGAUUUUGGUCUGCUGCUGCCUCCCAGCUACUGGGCCAAAGCAGUAAACAAGAAUGUGAUUCUGGAUUUCUACCACGAAGUGGCGGAUCACACCGGGAUCCCGAUUGUGGUUUACAGCUUUCCUGCAGUCUGUAAUGGAGUAGACAUGAACUCGGACGUUUUGUCAGAACUGGCGCAUCAUCCGAAUAUCGUGGGAGUCAAGCUCACGUGCGGAAACGCAGGCAAGGUAACCCGCCUGACACAGGAAUAUACCAUGUCGCAAUUCAGCGUCCAUGCAGGGUCGUCGGACUGGCUGCUUCCGUGUCUCAUCGGUGGAGGCGCAGGUUGUGUGACAGGGAUUGGAAAUGUGUUUCCCAAAUCCGUUGCGAGGCUAUAUGCUCUAUGGAAGGAGGGAAAGAUCGAGCAAGCGCGCGAGCUGCAGGGCCUCGUGGCGCAGGCAGAGAAGGCUUGUAAGGAGGGUAUUGCGCCGACCAAGUUUGCCGCUGCGCAUUUUGUCGGCUCGAAGCUGGGCAUCACCGAUUCACAGGCCUUUUGGCCCCGGAAGCCAUACAAGCCGUCGGGAAAGGAAAUGCAGGAAUGGGUGGUUUCUGUGAUGAAGCAUCUGGCUGAGAUUGAAGACUCCUUGCCGGAGAAGCAUGUGAUAUAG